UUUCUUCUAUGCGAGUGAAAGAACUCUGGACUCCAAAGAUUGCUGGAAUGGCAUCCAAGAGAAUUAUUAAGGAGCUCAAGGACUUGCAGAGAGACCCACCAACUUCAUGCAGUGCAGGUCCAGUGGCGGAUGAUAUGUUCCAUUGGCAGGCAACCAUCAUUGGACCAAACGACAGUCCUUACUCUGGAGGUGUUUUCCUUGUGACCAUCCAUUUCCCACCUGACUAUCCUUUCAAGCCUCCUAAGGUUGCGUUUAGGACCAAAGUCUUCCAUCCAAAUAUAAACAGCAAUGGAAACAUCUGUUUGGACAUACUCAAGGAACAAUGGAGUCCUGCACUCACCAUAUCCAAGGUUUUGCUUUCCAUAUGUUCUCUGCUCACUGACCCAAACCCAGAUGACCCACUGGUUCCUGAGAUUGCUCAUAUGUGCAAGUCUGACAAAGUCAAGUAUGAGUUCACGGCUCGCAGCUGGACCCAGAAGUAUGCCAUGGGCUGAACCUCCAAAAUCUCAUUCACCUUCUCCUUUUUUGGGGUUUUCAGUGUCAUCAGAUCAUAUUAUAUAACUAAUUAAG